AUGGAGGAGAAUCCCAGGGAGUGGUGCUCCGUCGGACUGGUCGUGAAACGUGCGUGUUAUCACAACCCCGGCAGUGAUAAUGGUGCUGGCGUCCACGGAGCCCACUCCAGCAAGGUCAGCGGCAGGGACUGCCUUCGCGGAGCUCUGCCAUCGCACCAGUCCGCCCCCCCCCCCUCCUCCUCCUCCUCCUCUUCCUCCUCCACCGCCUCCUCCUCCUCCUCCUCCUCCCUCCCCGCAGAUUUGGUCGACGGUUCCCCGGCUGGCAGGAGGAGGAAGCGUGGCGGCGAGCCCCCGUAUUUAGAGCCUGCCUGGCUACUUCAGAUGGGCAGCUACGUCAGGCUGUACCCCGUUCCAUCCUGCCGUAUUCCUCGGCCGCGUUAUGUUUGGGCUUUCUCGGCGCACUUCAGCCCAAAAAAAAAAAAGUGCGCAUUUUCGCUCAGUUUCCCGCAAACGCGCGUCGACGUCCGAGCGGAUCUUGGAAAAGAUCAGGCUCUCGGCUCUGAGGAGAAGCAUGUGAUGACUCACGCCAGGCAGACAGCUUCCCUCAGGCAGAGCCCCGGUAGCGCCGAGUGGUGGGAGGGCAGCCGCCCGUGGCCGCAUGCUGGCGCGAUGGGCGGCGCCUGGCCUGAGCGCACGCUGCGAUUCGGCAGGACCAAGAGGAUAAACGAGGUCGUCAAGGAAGGGAAAGGCAUGGCCAAGAGGAUGAAGACCCAGAGAGGAGGAACAAAGAAAUCGGAGCACAGCAGGAAGCUGGACCGGAGAAGAGACAAGAAACGGGACCGAAAGCUGUACCCCUUGCGGGGGAGGGCGGGGAAUCCUGACGGGGAAGGGCUCAGCUGCCAUGUCCUCCUCACCCGACUGGAGGAGGGCUCGCGCAGGAAGGAGAAGUCAAAAGACAAGGAGAGAAAAGCCGGCCGCAAAGCCAAAUCCAAAAAAGGGAAGGGCGCAGAGCGGAAAGAAGAAAAGCCGCGGCCAAAAGCCAAGUCAAAGUCCAGCAGCCCCAGCUAUGCCGGACUCGUCUGGCCCGGAGAGCUGCAGCCGCGCAAGCGCAGGCUGGCCUCUCUCAACGCCGAGGCCGUGAACAGCCUCCUGCUGGAGAGAGCCACGGAUGCCCAGCCGGCAGCCAAACAGGCCCGGAGACAAGAGGAGGCUGCCGAGGGAGGGCUUUCUCUGGAUGCCGAACCGCCCAGAGGGGGUGUUGAUGCGGGUCUGAAAACUUCAAGAGGGAACGUCAAACUGCCCAAGAAGCCCGAGCUGGGCCGAAGCUCAAAGCAGAGCAAGAAACCCAAAGUCAACCGGACGGAUGAAAGUGUCUGGAUGAGCCAGGAGUGUUUAGAUGCUCCUGCCCCCAGACGGCUGGCGGGACUCAAUGCAGCCGCCCUGUUGAGGUUGACCAGUUCCUCUGCCACCAGCAAACAGAGGGUGAAGGCAACGCCGACGGCCACUGUCACCUCAGACUGUGUGGCUCCUGUCAUGGCUUCAGCCCUGAAGCGGCCCCCCAGGGCCAAACUGCAGCAAAAGGGAGGAAUGCAAAAGCAGAGGGGGAAAAAGGGCCCGGCCCUGCCCAGCGGCUGCACAGCCUGCAGGAAGAAGGCAGAUUUUGAGCCAAAGGUGGAGUGGGAGACGGGCAGCUGCACUCAUCGACUGACCAAGCCAGGCUACCAGUCCCGCAGCAUGCUGGCCUAUCCCUUAAAGCAAGUGAAGGAGGAGCAGCUGGAGACCGAGCUGAGCCCCUACUACUGCUGUCCCUCUGAGGGCUCAGUGGAGUACUGCCACCGCCUGGCCUUCUUCCUCGGCCAGCAGCCCUACGGGGACAAAGACGAUCAGCCGCUGAACUCGGCCCUGACCCCCGUCAAGCGUGAGUGCCUAGUGACCUCGCCGUCAAUCACUCACUCCCACCCACACACAGCCCUCGCCCUCAGCCCCCACCCGUGCCUCUGCACGGCCGAGCACUGCUUCUCCAGCUACUACGUCCACAUCGCCCACCCGACGCACGCCGGAGCGUCGUCGGCCGCCCUGGCCUCGCCGCCCCUCAGCUACCCGCCCUCCGGCCUGUGCUCCAGCCGCGUGGCCGGCUCAAAGCUGCUGGGGCGGCAGGUGCCCCAUCCCACAGGGUUGCCGCACACGGCCUACUGCAACUCGGUCACGGCGCCGUGUUACGGGGAUGCGUGUGGAAUGGGCGGCUACGCCUACAGGGCCAUGCCUCCGGUCACAAGCCGAGGUUGUUCCUACAGUGCGGGGUGCACUGGAUGCACACACGGCAUCAAAACAGAGACUUACUCCUCCCCUCAGGGUGACCACAGCCCCUCCCUUCUGGUUCCCCCAACCAUGCCCAUCUCCACAUGCCCCCUGUCCAGCGCUCCCACUUCCACCCAGACUAAAGCCCACCUGCUGACGUCCCUGUCUGGGCGCCGCCAGCCCCAGGACAGGUUAAAGCUAGCCAAGGAAUGCCCGCAGAAGGCCAAGGCCUCCAAUGGCUCCCUGUCGGUGGGCCGCACUCGGCUGCCGGCGAAACAGGCCUCGCCGCUGCCCAGCUUCGGCAGCAGCAAGCAGAAGAAGAUCAACCGCAGGCGCGCCACCAACGGCUGGCGGCCCGUGGGCCGGCCCACAGAGAGGGAGGUCUUCAUAGCGGGAGAGGAUGAGACGGCCCUGCGGCAGUGCUACGAAGGAGUCGAGAGGGACGGCGAGGUGAUACACGUCAGAGACACAGUGCUGCUCCGGUCCGGCCCCCGGAAAAAAUCCCUCCCAUAUGUGGCCAAGAUAUCAGCUCUGUGGGAGGACCCCAAAACAGGAGAGCUGAUGAUGAGCCUUUUCUGGUACUACAGACCCGAGCACACCCAGGGAGGCCGAGAUCCCAGCACACACUGUGAGAAUGAGAUUUUCGCCUCUCGGCAUCAGGAUGAAAAUAGCGUUGCCUGCAUAGAAGACAGAUGCUACGUUCUCCCAUUAGCUCAGUACUGUAGAUUUUGUGCCUUGGUGAAGCGGCGUGCAGAAGGCGCCCCUCCUGGCAGUGCCAGCAUGGUGCCCUUCCGCCCUGAUUUCGCCCCCCCUUCCCACCGCUGUGUGCCCACAGACGUCGACCCCGAGCUGGUGUACCUCUGCCGGCACGUCUACGACUUCCGCUACGGACGCAUCCUGAAGAACCUGCAGUAG